CACUUAAAACGAGAUAAAUGUGUAUUCGGGCGUUGGAGUCAUUGGAGAGAGAAAGACAAAGCAAAGCUAUGAGUGCAAAAAGUACAAGUGGCACGACAUAUAUACCUAAAUAAAUACAUUUACGUGAUUACGUUUGACUGGUUUGACUCCUUUUACUACGAAUAUCUGUUACAUUUAACAAAGCUGAUUGAAUAUAAUAUCUAUGAUUACUUAUAAAAAUAUUGCAAAGUCGGAUUUAAGAUAAGGUAAUAUAUCUUGAUAAGAGAGCAAAAUGUCAGACGACGUGAAGGUUUUGUUGAAGGAAGCCCGCGAGGCCUUCAAGCAAAAUGAGUAUCUGGAAGUUAUGAAGAAAUGCAAGAAGGUUUUGAAAAAAGACAAAAGCAAUUAUGGGGCAUUAGUUCUGUUAGCCCGUUCCAUGCAGGAGGUGGAGGAAUUUAAGUCACAGGUGUCCUUGGUCCUUCAAAAGGCUGUGGAGGUGCAACCGAACAAUCCACUGGCCUGGCAAGGUUUAGUGGCACACUAUGAAAAAGCUCCGCAGGACCAUGACAAUUGGGGAAAACUGGCUCUGGCGUAUUGCAAACUGUUACAGUUAGAUAGUGAGUCUGCUAAAUUCACGCAUUUCGUGAAUAAAAUUUCCGAGAUUGUCUUACGUAUCAAGAAUGAUGACGUACUGUCUGAGGCGUUGAGCACAUUCAGCGUGUUACGAGAAGUUUCUAACAAAGAGAAGAUAAAUCUGAUCGAUAAGACCCUGGUAUGGGUCUUAUCAGAAUAUCCUAGUAACAGAAUAACCGAGCAUCAGGAGCUUUAUGAAAAUGUGCUGGCAUCUGUAAUAAAAGAUGUAGAUCUAGUGAAUAGACAAGAGUAUUACAGGAAAUAUCUUAAAAUACUGUAUGAUUCAAAUAAAUUUAGAAGGUUGCUAAUAGCCGCUGAAGACAUGCAUAUUCAAUUUCCGCAGGAUACUUGUCCUCUAGAAUGGUUAUGCCGUGUCUACUACGAAGAGGCUGCAUCGCGUGAAAAUGAACUUGAAAUUAACAUAACUCAGUUUUACGAGACACUCUUAAAAUUGAAUGCAAAUUCCGAGACUGCAUUUAUUGCAAAGGCGGCGUAUUUAAAAAGAACAAACGAGUUAAUUGAUUCGCGUGAUUCUUUGAAGCAAGUAAUCUCGUUAAAUGGACAAUCGUUUUAUGCCUGGUUGAUGUUGAGCCAAGUACACUGUAAGCUUUACUGUUGGGAAGAAACCGAGAAUGCUUCCAGAAAAGCAUUACGAUCGAUAAAAUCCAAUUUAAAGGACAAAUUUCAACAUGAAAUCAAGUUGAGAUUGCUUGAAGCAAUAAGUAGAAGUAGUAACAAACAAAAAUUGAUGGAAGCGCGUCAGAUGUGCGAAGAGUUGUUGAGCGUCGAGUCUUCCGUACAAUUGCAAGUGAUACAUGCACGCACAAAUAUAUUAUUGGACGAGCCUAAUGCUACUGCUGUAUUAAGUAGCUUGGAAUCUCAGGACGAAACUAAACUUCAAGCUCUUAUUCUCAAAGCGUUGCAUCUGCAAAAGCACAAACGAUACGAGGAAGCUAUUAACGCUCUCGAGUUAGUUUUAGAAAAUUCCGAAGCCUGGUUGCUGUUUGGUAAAAUAUAUUGGGAUAUGGGAGACUACAACCACAGUCUAAUGGCAUUCUUAAAUGGCGUCCAAGUGGAUCGCAAUAAUUGGGAAUGCAUGCUUUAUCUAGGACAUUAUUAUCGCGAGCAUAGUAACGACAUCGAACGCUCGAGAAGGUGUUACCACGCCGCGUUACAAAUCAAUCCGAAUUCCGAGGAAGCUGGUAUCGGAUUAAGCACAGCUUAUCGUCUUCUAAAAAAUACCGAUGCCAAUAUACAACUAUUGCAAAGAGUAACUAUGCAAGGUACUGGGCCGAAAUGGGCUUGGCUCCAACUGGGCUUACACUACUUGGAUCAAGGUGACGCGGGACAAGCUAUCACGGCAUUGCAGCAUGUGAUUAGAGCCGAUCCUAAUGACAAUCACAGCUGGGAAUCUCUGGCAGAUGCAUAUUUAGCACGCGGCGCUCACACAUCGGCACUAAAAUCGUAUCAACGCGCGCUACAGCUGAGCCCAGGAUCCCUGUAUCCCAUGAUACAACUCGCGAAUAUCAAACUGCUUAUUGGUCAACAUAACGAAGCCAAGGAAGACUUCGAAAGUAUAUUACAGAACGAUAAACAGCAUAUUCUUGCGUUAAAAGGUCUGGCACAAGCGUGCUUAGGUCUAGCGAGGCAAAAUAUCGCGAAACAAUUUCUAUGUCGCGCGAGAGAAAAUUUACAACAAGCGGCAGACAGUUUGACAGAUGCUAUUAUGAUACGCAGUGAUCUGCUUUGCAAUUGGAAAUUGCUUGGCGACGUGUGUAACAGAAUAAUCACUAUACCAGAAAAAUAUUGUUAUCUAAGGAUUAAAUCUGUUUUAAUGAAGUGUGAUAGUGACGAAAAAUAUAUAAAUAUUAAAGGAGAUGAAAUACUCAUGUUGUCAAUAAGAUGUUUUUGUCGAGCAUUAUCCAUGCAAAAUUCUUCAUCAUUAUGGCAUGAUUUAGCCUGCUGUUAUUUGAUGCAACUAGAUCGCCACUCUACGGUCAAUAAGAACGACGUGGCAGCCAAGUGCUACGCGGCUGCAAAACACGCCGUUAAAGUCUGCCCGCAAUCGUGGCUACAUUGGAACGUACUGGGUGUUAUUUGUAUGUCGAUAUAUAUAAAAAAUUAUGCCCUGGCUCAACAUUGUUUUAUUAUGGCGAUCGAUAGAGAGUCGAACAAUGCAGUAGCUUGGAGCAAUUUGGGAGCGUUGUACUUGCAUUUAGGAGAUAUCUACAAAGCGAACGAAGCAUUUUCUCGCGCGCAACGCGCGGAUCCUAAUUACGUGAACAGCUGGAUCGGACAAGGAUUAAUCGCGGACAAGACCCAGAGAAAGGAAGCGAUGGAUCUGUUCCGGCAUUCGACGCAAUUGAGUUAUCACAAUCAAGCAGCUUUAGGCUAUGCUCAUUGGGUACUUACUAUUCUCCUAAAUCCCGCAAUGAAGAAAGAUCCAUUGUUGGUGUACGUUAUCGAAAACAUGCACGCGAUACCUGCAGCGGCCGACGUUCUUACUUGGUACACGGAACGCGAGCCGCAUGAUGUUUAUGCCUUAAAUACCCAUGGUUUAUUAUUGGAACGACUGAAAUUGUACAACACGGCGGCUAAGCAAUUUGCCACAGCUUUAAAACUGAGCGAGGAUGAAGAGAGGGAUAUGAUAUCCAUUAACUUAGCACGCAUCUGGAUUCAAAUCGGAAAAUACGAAGAAGCGGUGGCAUUAUGCAAACAAGUCAAAUGUGCAAAUUUCAAUUCUCAGUGCCAUCUAGCAUUAUCGUUGUUCAAAGCCAAGCAAUAUGAAGAAUCGUACAAUACAUAUGAAGCAGCCUUACACUGGCUAGCAGACACUGGCGCGGAUAAAGCCAAUAUCUUGUGCGCGAUGGCUGCGAUUGCUUACAUGUUCCAAGGGGCAGAUGCCGUCAAGACUCUGCUAUUCCAAUGUGUACAAAUAGAACCACCUAUUGUAACUGGUCUCUUAGCGACCGCUUCAUUAGGAAUUUUGCAUGACGACGUUAAUUUGACUUCUUUGGUAUUGAACGAAUUGAAAUCAUACGAAAAUCAUCACGAGUACGGUUAUCACGUCGUCACACUGUCAGCAUAUUAUCAAGUUAUACAGGGAAAUCUCGCCCAAGCCAUUCGAAUACUCACCAAGGCUAUUUUCAGACAUCCUAACGAUGUUAGAUAUUGGGUGCGUUUAGUUCAAGUUUCAUUGCUGGAUGGAAAUUUGGAUAUUUUCCGUAAAUGUGCUCCAGCAGCAUUGACGCUAAGCAGAAAUACAUCCAUGACUGAUAUUGUACAUGUUGCUUGCGCAUCAGCGUACAGUCAUUUCGGCACGAAAGAGGGUCUCAGACAAGCUCAGAAAAAUGUAUUUACAUAUCCCAGUAAUGUUGAGAGCUGGGCUGGUCUUGUUGCAGCCCUUUUAUUCAGAUGUGUAAAUAAAGACUGCACUCCAAUUAACAGUCAGUGGGUAUUGUCAUUAAUAUCAAUAAUAAAAUCGCAAUUUCAAACUACCGAAAAUAUAUCACAAUGGUUACUUCAUAACGAGAAAAAACUUUACUAUAAUCUCGAAGCUAACAAAACCUCGCAGCUUACGUGAAUUAAAAAUAUUUUAUUAUGGUUCUUUGUAAAAAAAAUAUGUAGUGUAUUUUUUCUAUGUUGUAAAAUUGUGUAUAAUAAAUCUAAAUUAGCUUGAAGUAAUUGUAAAUCUUUUAUUGACUCUUAUUACGUGAACAAUGUAUCAAUUUAUAGAAAGAUGCGUUGAUCGAAGAAGAUAUGUAAAUUACUAAUUAUUUAAUAAAAAACAAACUUUGACCAUCAUCGAUCGAAACAAA